AUGCAUGAAGCGCCUCAGACGGAGUGGAUGACGGCAAGAUCGAGGGACCACGACGCCUACGCCGACACGCAGCAGCCGCUGUGGGACACGUUCGGGCGGUUCGUGCAGCGGCACGCCAGUCGCCGGCCGUGGAUGGUCACCGAGGGGAACCACGAGGUGGAGGCCGGCAUGGCGCUCCCGGGCGCGCCGGACCCGUUCUUGGCCUACACCGCGCGCUGGCGCAUGCCGCACGAGGAGAGCGGCUCGCCGUCCGCGCUCUACUACUCCUUCGACGCGGCCGGCGGCGCCGUCCACGUCGUCAUGCUGGGAUCAUACGCCGGGUUCAACUCCACCUCGGAGCAGUACGGCUGGCUGGCGCGCGACCUCGCCCGGGUGGACCGCCGCGCCACCCCCUGGCUCGUCGUGCUGGUGCACGCUCCCUGGUACAACACCAACGCGGCGCACGUGGGCGAGGGCGACGCCAUGAGGAAGGCCAUGGAGAAGCUCCUAUACGAGGCCCGCGUCGACGUCGUCUUCUCCGGCCACGUACACGCCUACGAGCGCUUCACCAGGGUCUACAACAACGAGGCGAACCCAUGUGGGCCGGUGUACAUCACAAUCGGCGACGGCGGGAACAGAGAAGGGCUUGCCUUCGACUUUCAGAAGAACCACAAGCUGGCGCGGCUCUCGCUGAUGAGGGAAGCGAGCUUCGGGCAUGGUCGUCUGACCGUCCUGAACGCCACCACCGCGCGCUGGGCGUGGCACCGCAACGACGACGUCGACUCCACCAUCCGCGACGACCUCUGGCUCGAGAGCAUUGCCGCCAACGCCGCGUGUCGGCCGCAGGCCAUCAACCUCGCCCAUGACUCUUGGAGCGAUGAGUUGUAG